ACAGCUGGCCGAGAGGCAUUGUUGAGCGCGCUUAAUGGUUCUUGUCCACGCCGUGUAGUGGAAAGGCGUAAUCACCUGUAACUAACUCAAUUAGCAUAAUCAUUUCCACGCCGCGAAGCGCCUUUGCAGUGACACGACGUGCGAAACGAAUGCGAAAGUGAGCGGAAGAGCGUGCCAGGGAGCUGCGGGAGCGAUUGUGCCGGGAGGUACCGAGCCAGGGCCGCCAUUCUGAGUGCACAGCACCCAGGGUCGGGCUCGCAAUGGGCCGCGACCUGCGUCACGUCCAUAGACGACAUGCCUCACAAGGGUCAGUCUCUAGACGGCCUGUCCGACAACGGUCACAGCGGGGUCAACCAGCUGGGCGGAGCGUUCGUGAGCGGCCGGCCGCUGCCUGAUACCACCCGGCAGAAGAUAGUGGAGCUGGCCCACUCCGGCGUCAGGCCCUGCGACAUCAGCCGCAUCCUGCAGGUCUCCAACGGCUGCGUCUCCAAAAUUCUGGGCAGGUACUACGAGACGGGCUCGAUCCGUCCGCGUGCCAUCGGCGGCUCCAAGCCGCGCGUCGCCACCAACGAGGUGGUGGAGAGGGUCACCGCUUACAAGCGCGAGUGUCCCAGCAUCUUCGCCUGGGAGAUCCGGGACCGGUUACUGCAGGAGGGCGUCUGUUCCACGGAGAACAUUCCCAGCGUGUCGUCCAUAAACCGGGUCCUGCGGAACAUCGUGGCCACCAAGGAGCAGCCGAUGGCGGCGGCGGCGGCGCCCUGCAGCCAGCCGGACGCCGUCUACGAUAAACUGCGCGCGCUGAACAGCCCCGGCGGCUGGCCGCGGUCCGACCCCUGGUACCGGACCGGCCCCGGGUACGCGCUGUCGGCUUCCUCCGACUCGCCGCCGGUCGGCCCGCCGCCGCCCGCCGCAGCGCUCCACCUCAGAGACGACCUCAAGACCGAGAUCGGCCUGGAGUCGCACGACGGCUCGGCCACCUCGUCUCCGACGCCCGGCGUCAACGACGGCGACGACGAGCAGGCGCGGGUGCGGCUCAAGCGAAAGCUGCAGCGCAACCGGACCUCCUUCACCAACGACCAGGUCGAGAGCUUGGAGAAGGAGUUUGAGCGGACUCACUACCCGGACGUGUUCGCGAGGGAGCGUCUAGCGGCCAAGAUCGGUCUGCCAGAGGCCAGAAUACAGGUGUGGUUCUCCAACCGGCGGGCGAAGUGGCGGCGCGAGGAGAAGCUGCGCUCCUCGCGGCGCCCCUCCGAGCCGACGCCCAGCUCGUCCCCGGCGCAGCACGGCGUCGGCGGCUCGUUCCCGGGCGCGCUGUACCCGCCGCUGCCGGCCGCUUCCAUGGCCGAGUCCUACUGCGCCGCUGCCGUCAACCCCAUGAGCUACAUGUCGCAGCAGCGACCGGUAGGCGGCAGCACGUGCCUGCAGAGCCAGCGCGACUACGCGUACAUGAGUCGGCCUGCGUACGACCCGCUGGCGUUCUCUUACGGACGCGCCAGCCCGUGCCAGGCGGGAGGCCAGUACCCGCUGAAUGGGCAGUACGGCGCGCCGGCCACCACCUCUGCCCCGGCGCACGGCGGCGGCAGUGGCCUGUUCUCUCCUGGAGUGUCGGUGCCUCUGGCCGUGCCGGGCCAGAUGACGGACGUCAGCUCCCCGUACUGGACGCGACUGCAGUGACGUGCCCCCGCUGCGGCCGGCGGUGCCUGGCUGCCACGCCGCCGCUGCCCGGACUUGGGACCUCGCCGGCCGCUCGGAGCCGGCAGGCGGCGCGCGGCCCCACCCAAACGGACACGCUGCGGAGUAUCGGCCCCGUGGACUAGACCUUUAAUGACUGCAGGAUAGAUAUGUCAGUUGAUGUAUUGUGAAAGUGAUAGCAAUAUGCGUGACACUGUACGGCAAGACGCAGUAUUAUACUACAUGUAAGAGCGUUGCGUAGUUUGCGUGCCGCUAUGAACACGUAUCUCGACCACCUAAGAAGGGUCACUGAAUUAAUAUGUGUUGACGCAAAGUGCAGGGUAAAAUUAACGACUGCAUGCAUUUUGUAAUUGCAGUAGCUUACGCACUUAAUGCCGGCGGGUUUUGGGAAACAUUCCGUUUACAUAACCGCUGAUCUAAGCAUGCAAAGACAUUUAUCUAGGUAUUUCGGACUUGCGCGAAAUGCACAGCCGACAUUAAGCUCCGCGGUUAUCAGAGACCUGGGGCAGUGGCCCGAAUAGGCUCCUUUCCAUUCGUAAAAUACCCGCCGUCUUGAUCUGUCCGAGUGCGCAACAUGGCACUCAACAGGUUUUCUCUAAAGCGAUUUUUGCCCCUUGCGAGUUUCAACGGUGUUUUGGUGUAAAUAUAUGUACAAACGCACAA